UUAAUCUGAUGCCCAAAAUAAAUGUUUUUUUUAUUUAUUUUUUAUUUAUCUCUUAGCAUCCCCUCGGUUUUGAUUUCUUGACGUUGUCACAGCUGGUUUUGCUGAUUUAUGAAUGCCCUAAACUAGAAAUUAUCCCAAGCUUUAAGUCAUAUUAAGUAUGAUUUAAGUCUCAUCAUUUCCUUAUCUCCCUGUGCAUAGUGCCUCAUGUCCAGCUGUCAGCCUGACCUGUCCCAAGGAGGACUGCUGACCGCCUUGGAUUGACUAUUUAUGAGGUGACUGGUCAAAGGAUGAAGGCAUUUCAGGAGCUGAUUGGCCUGGUCGGUCUCAGGGCUUCUCAUGGCCAUAAAAGUUGAACAGCCAAACCCCCGUCCAAGCCCAUAUAUACCCCACAGAGUUAGCUUUUUAAUCAGUGACUCCCUCACUGCGUCCCAGCCCUUCAGCCAGUCUCUGCCGGCCUCCUCAUCAUCACUUUGUAGAGUCAGAAACCUGAAGGAAGCCACAAUGUCUGAGGGAAAGAAGAUGACUUCAAGCCGCAGGCAUCAUCUCAAGAGUUUAAUGCUGCAAAUCGCUGCCAACUUGCUCGAACAGGAAGCUGCUGAAAUCAUCGUCACCAAAGAAGCUUACCUCGCAGAGAACUGUGCCGCCCUCGACCUGAGCAGAGACCAAGCAGCUCUGAUGGACUUCUGCAAAAAGCUGCAUCAGGCCAUUGAUAAGAUUGAUGAGGAGAGAUACGACACCCAGGUCAAAGUGGAAAAGGCCGACAAAGAGAUCAAUGAACUGAAGAUGAAGGUCAUCGAGCUGGCCGGAGUGAAGAAACCAGCCUUGAAGAAAGUGCGUAUGAGUGCCGACGCCAUGCUUAAAGCUCUUCUGGGCUCCAAACACACGGUAAACAUGGACCUCAGGGCCAACCUGAAGCAGGUCAAGAAGGAAGUGAAGGAGGAGUCUGCUGAGGUGGUGGGCGACUGGCGCAAGAACAUUGAGGACAAGGCUGACAGGAAGAAGAUGUUUGAGACCUCUUAAAGACUUUCUCAUCCAACUUUUGUUUUGCUCAUUCUGGGAUGUUACAGCUCUUCAUCACUGUUGCCUCUGAUCUCUUACGUGCAAUUAAAUGUUCUUUUUGGAAUAAGG